GCGAUUUGAUUGGCUGCUACUUCAAAAUUACGAUUUCACGAAGCAUACGCGGUUCAUUCAAAGACAAUGUUUGUAAAUACGCCAUAGUGAUUGAUUUUAUUCCUGAUUAACUGAAAUAAUUCACAAUGUCAAAAGAGGAUCCAUUAAGUGACAGGCUAAAAAGCCUUUAUGAGAUCUGUGCUAAUCACCAUGACAACGCUGAAGGACAGGAGAUGCUCCCUCUGAGCCAGGAGGGUCUGCUUGAUGGCUUCCUCACUCUGUAUGAUGAGUGUACCCACGACAACCUGGCUCGCAUCAAGCAUAUAUCAGGCUUCACCAAGAAAUACGAGGAUGCUGUGAAUGAAGCCCACCAGUUGAUGUUGAAAGCCUCCGAUUUUGAGGUGAAAGACAUCAUUGGCCGCGGCCACUUUGGGAUAGUACAGGUUGUGAAGGAGAAAAAGCUGGAAACAGUUUAUGCAAUGAAAGUUCUCCGAAAGAAUGACAUCUUGUCACAACCAGAGAUUUCCUUCUAUAAGGAGGAGCGUGACAUCAUGGCGCUGGCAACCAGUGAGUGGAUCACACGCCUCCACUACGCCUUCCAGGACAACUCUAGUCUCUACCUCGUCAUGGACUUCCACCCGGGGGGCGACCUCCUCUCUCUGCUCUCAAGACAUGAUGACAUAUUUGAGGAGGACAUGGCUCGCUUCUACCUGGCCGAGAUGUCGGUUGCCAUCAAUGAUCUGCAUGAGAUGGGCUAUGUGCACAGAGAUAUCAAACCCGAAAAUAUUUUACUGAACCAGAAAGGUCACAUCAAGCUAGCUGACUUUGGUUCUGCAGCCAAGAUGUCUGUAGACAUGCUGGUUUCGUCUCGUAUGCCUGUCGGUACUCCUGACUACGUUGCCCCCGAGUUGUUGACGUCCAUGAACAGCAACCGUGGGCCCCGUAUGUACAGCGUGGAGGUGGACUGGUGGUCGCUAGGCGUGUGUGCCUACGAGAUGAUGUAUGGGAAAACCCCCUUCACUGACGAAUACGGUUCCAUGGUUACGACCUACAGCAAUAUCAUGAACUUCAAGAGUAAGUUAAAGUUUCCGGUGGACAGCAGAGUGUCGGAGUCUGCCAAGGAUCUGAUGAAGAAUCUGCUAAUGGAACAGAACCAGCGCUACACGUGGAAGGACAUCUGCGGUCACAAGUUCUUCAGCACCAUCACCUGGAGCAGCAUCGGCAAAACCUCACCGCCUUUCAUCCCGACUGUUAACAGUCUGGACGACACGUCCAACUUUGAGGAGGUGGAGAAGGUGAAACCCCAGCCCUCCCUGGAUGAGUUCAAGAUUCAGAAGGACUUCUCGGGGCGAGAUCUGCCGUUUGUUGGAUUCACCUAUGUCAGGGAUCUCAAGGACCUCUGCUACUGCUCCUGUCACAGUGGUAAAGUGUCCACCAGAACUAUCCUCAAGGAGUCCGAUGGCAACACCUCCUUCUCCACAGCCCUCCAGACGGCUCCAGCCUCCACCAAUCUGGAGGUAACACUGACGGUGAAGAUCGCGGAGCUGAGGUCACUGAAGGAGCGGUGCAGUGAGCUGGAGGACUCGGAGGUCAGCCUGAGGUCGGAGGUGGAGCAAUGGAGACACAAGUGCGAGGAGAAGGAUGACCAGAGUGGCUUGCAGGAAGGGGAGACAACCAGGCUGCAGAAGGAUGUGGACAUGUAUGUCAACAAGACCAAGGUGCUGAGCGAACAGCUGAUGAAUGAGUCUGAUGAGCGACGGCAGUUGGAACAGCAGGCUGAGCAGAUGUAUCUGCAGAUACAGGACAUGUCUCAAGAGGCUCGCAACAUCCAGGACGAACUCACCAUGACCCAGCUGGACGACCUCCGUGACAUCAUCAGCCAGCUGGAGAUGGAGAACGAGAAUCUGAUGCGGCGACUACGGCAGAAGGACCGGCAGCAGCACACAGUCAACAACAGCCUCAACGACACACAGAAACAACUGGCUAGCGUCCAGCUCAAACUCGAUAAGGAGCGGAGGAAGUCAAGGGAUGACCAACGCCGAGACCUGGUGAUGAUGGAGAACAGAGAUGAGGUGUGGAAACAGCAGCUGGAUCAGAAGCAGGCAUCCAUCGAUGAUCUCAACAAGAAACUCAGGGACCUCGAGGACCUCGUGGAGGCGUAUGAACAGCAGGAACAGGAACACGCUGAUGAGAUCGAGCUGCUCCACAACAAGAUGAACACGUCACUGAGGGAGAAUGGCCUCGCUGUCCCGCACAUCGUCCGAACUGAAGAACCCAGGAAGAAGAAAGUGGAGCUGUUUGUCACUCUACAGACUGGGAGGCCUUCUCUUCUCAACAGCACCCACCUGGAGGACAAAAUCAAGGACCUGGAGUCCCUGAUUGACCACUACAGUGGGGAGGCCAAGGCUUGGCGCCGGAGGGAGGACGACAUGAGGAACACCAUACAGGAACUGCAGCAGCAGCAGACGGAAACCAAUGUGCUGAACGAGUCCAAGAAUCAGAAGAAGGAGAGUCUGUUCAACCAUCUGAAGCUGUACCAGCAGGAGGUGCAGGACCAGAAGCAGCUGAUCAAGGACCUGCAGUCCACCAUGAAGAGCUGCCUGGCAGAGAGGCAGGUCAAGUCCGGGGAGCUGCGCCUGCAGGUGCAGGCCCUUGAGGAGGAGAAACAGAGCCUGGAGCGGGACCUGGAGCAAGAACAGGAGGUGGCCGAGGAGCACAGGGCUCUCCUGGACAGACAGAAUAAGGAACUGGAGGAGUUGUCUAUCCUUGUUUCCAAACUUCAAGAUGAAUGUGAGGAAGCUGAAAGAGAGAAGAAAAAUGUCAUGGAGGAAUACUCUUCAAGACUGGACACCUCUGUACAGAAGUUGAGCUCAGAGAAGCUCACCCUGGAGAAGAAGAUUGCGUCUCUCCAGAGCCAGUCUGACACUCUGCAGAGACAGGUGGAUGACUUGACUGACAGGCUGAAGUCUGCUGACCGCCGUCUUGCUGAGUCCAAGACUCAGAUACAGCAGCUGUGUGAGGAAAAGACCAACCUCCAGGUGAGGAUGGAGUCCCUCCAGAGGAGAUCUGCCAGUCAGGACGAGGGCAUGAAGGCAAAGGCAGAGCUCAAUGCCCAGAUCAACACUCUACAGCAAGAGAAGAGAGCCAUUGAGAGCAAGAUGGAGGAUCUCUCUGAGGAGAAGGAACAGAUUGAAAGAAGGCUGAAGAACUCUGAGAAGGACAGGGAAGAUUUGAAGGUGAAGGUUGGGAAGUUGGGGGAUAUUGAGAGGGAGAAGGGUCAACUGGAGAGGAAGGUGACUCGGUUGGAGAGAGUGGAGAAGGACAAGGAGGAAGUGGAACAGAAGCUGGUGAAGCUGAGGAGUGUUACUCGGGAGAAACAGGACCUGGAGACUAAACUGAUGAGGCUGGAGAGAGUCCAGAAGGAGAAGGACAGGCUGGAGGAACAGCUGCAGGGUGUGGAGAAGGAAAAACGAGAGCUUGAGAGGAAGAUAGCCAGGCUAGAGCGUGGGGAGAAGGAUAGGGAAGGUGUGAGGGAGAAGUUGGAGAAGGACAAGACUGGUCUGGAGGAGAAGAUUCGGCGGUUAGAGAAAGUGGAGGAAGAGAAGCAUGAGUUACAGGAGAAGGUGAUCAGGCUGCAGAGACUUGAGGCGGAGGUGGAUGAGCUUAAGGACAAGCUGAAGAAUGUGGAGAAAAAUGAAAAGGAGAAGUCUCGUCUGGAAGAGAAGGUUCGUCAGUUGGAGAAAGUGGAAGUUGAUAAGUUUGAGCUUCAGGGGAAAGUGACCAGGUUGCAGCGACUUCAGGUAGAGGGAGAAGAGCUUAAGGACAAGCUUAUGAGUAUGGAGAAGUCUGACAAGGAGAAGAGUCAGAGACUGUCUAGGACAGAGGAAGAUAGGGCGGAAAAAGAAUUACUUGUACAAAGACUUAAUCUUGAGAAGAAAGACUUGGAACAGAAGGUUAAAAAGUUGGAGAUGAUUAAGUAUGAAUUGGAGAAGACAGAGAAUGAGAAGAGAGAUCUGGAGGUGAAGGUCAUUCGGUUAGGAAGACUGGAGAAUGAGAAUAAGGAUUUAGAGGACAAGUUGCGGAAUUUCGAAAAAGGGAAAUUUGAUGUUCAGAAGGCUGAAGAAGAAAGGAGAACUCUCGAGAGGAAGGUGAGUCGGUUGGAGAAGAUGGAGGUGGAGAAGAGGGACCUGGAAGAGAAGCUGAAGAAGACACAAAAGGAGAAACAGGAUUUGGAGAAAUCCGAGAAGGAGAAGAGAGAACUGGAGAUUAAAGUUAACUGCUUGGUCCACUUAGAGACUGAAAAGAAAGAUCUGGAGACAAAGGUAGUACAGUUGGAUAAGUUGGGGAAAGAGAAGCAAACCCUAGAGGAAAAGUUAAGGAAACUGGAAAGUGAAAAAGAAGUACUUGAGAAGAAGGUGGAGGAUUUGGAGAAAAAAAGCCGUGAGAAAUCUGGUGGUGACAGCAGACGUUCUUUGGUUGACAGGUUGCAGACAGAGAAAUCUGACCUUCAACGAAAGGUUGAAACUCUUGAAAAGGAGAAAGAUAAUCUCAAUCGGGACAAUUUGAGAAAGAGGACAUCCAUGCAUGAAAGUGACCUUCAGAAGGCAAAGAAUGACCUUGAGGACAAAGUCAAGAGAUUAGAAAAAGUGACUGGUGAUCUUGAACAAGAACUCAGCCGAAGCAAAGAACAGAUUCACAAGAUGAAUGAUCAGGGUGGUAGGAGGCAUUCUGUACAAGAUAAGGUUGUGUCACUUAUGAAAGAAAAUGCUGACCUGAGGGUUUCCCUGGAAAAGUCCAAAUCUCAGGCAGAGAAGGCAGCUGAACUGAAGACAGAGAAACUUAAGCUUGAAUCUCAAGUUGAUGAGCUUCAGCUGGUCAGAAAUAGCUUGAAAAGAACAAAGUCUUUUGCUGUGUCCAAAGACAAUCAGGUUGAUGACCUUGAGCAGGAAAAAAGAUACCUUGAGGCCAAGGUCAAUGGCCUUCAGAAACAGCUUGACCAGAAGAAGGUAGCAGAUGGCAAAAGUAGUGAUCCGACGUCCGAGUUGGUCAGUCUCAAACAGGAGAAGGUGAAGUUGGAGGAACGGGUGAAGCAGCUGACGGAGAUGACAGCAACGCUGCAGAAGGAGCUGGAGACGUUGUUGGAAGAGACGGAUGGUGUGGAUGACCUGAAGGAUCAGAACGAGAAGCUGCAGACGGAGAUGGACUCACUGAAGAAGAAGCUGGAUGCACAGGAUCAGAGCAAGAACUUGAACCAGAACAACAACAGUAGUCUGGCCUCGGUGAGACAAGAGCUGAAUGAGUCGAAUCUGGCACUGAGUGAGGCAAGGUCUCUUCUAUCUGCUGCGCAGCGCCAGGAGCUGGAGCUGCGAGAUCAGAUCCAUCUGAUGCAGAGACAGCUGGACACCAAUGCCAUGGAGCGUGGCGUCAAGAGAAACGAUGAACAGCCAGCUGUCCCACCUGUAAAUCAGGUUGUGAAACCCGCGCAUGACGAGAAGGAAGCCCAGCUGAAUCUGUUGAAGUCCAAGUUUGAAAUGUUCGGCAGACAGAACAAGACUCUGGAGGAGAAGCUGGUGAAGAUUCAGAAGGAGCGCAGCCUUGACAUUCUGGAACUGGCCAAGGUCAAGGCCGAGAUCAAUGACAAGAACAGGCAGAUUGAUCUGGAGGUCAAGAAAGUGGAGAAAUUCCGGGGUGUGUGUAAGGAGCUGGAGGAGCAGAUGAAGGACCUGGAGGCUCUUGUGGCGGAGUACGAGAAACGGGAAGCCGAGUGGAAUAAGAUCAGAAAGACGUACGAGCAGGUGGUCGAUGAGCGAGAGGAGGAACUCGAGGGAACAAGUCAGAAGUUGUCCGUCAUAGAGCAGGCCAGAUCUGCCAAUGACCAGCGCUUGACAAACCUGAAGCAGCAGCUCAAGUCUGCCAAGGCCGCCCACAAGAGUGAAGUCGAGGCCUUGAACCACAAGCUGUGGGAAGAGAGAGGCAAGACACACAAGUUCGACAACAAGAUGUCGGAUCUGGUAGAAAAGUGUGAGAAGAGUGAGCAGAUCCUGAGCCACCAGAAGCAGAUCCUGGAUGCCCAGGACACCGACAAGAUCAAGCUGAAGGAAGAGAUCUCCAAGAUCCUGACCGAGAACCAGGAACUGAGAGGGCACAACCUGAAGCUGAGGAAGAACCUUGAUGAAGCCAUGGACAAGUUCGAGCUCAUCUUCGGGGAGAAGAUUGAUCUCGAAAACUUUACUGAAGCUAUGCAGGGCCUCCACUUCUUGGAGAAAUACAAAUUUGAGAGUACCAUCGGCCAGCAGAUGAAACUGAUAGACUAUCUACAGGAGCUUUGGCAUGAUAGUAUGUCCAAGAAGAAGAGGCCUGGUAAGAUAUUUGGCAGCAUGAGAGGCAAGGAGGCACCAACUGUUGUUCCGCAAUGGAAGGAGUUUCAGGCCAGUCUGGAGUCUGAGAGGAAGAAGAACUGCAAACUCCAGGAGCAGCUGGACCGACUCCGCCAGGAGAACUACCAGCUGUCCAAUGACCUGUUGAAGCUGAAGGGUCCCCUCCGAGAGAAACUCAUCCUUGAUGGUACCAGUACUCUGACCCCCAAGGUGAAGGCUGCUGUAGCGGCCCUCGCACAAUCUCCGUCCAGUCAGCCCGAUCCUGGCACCCUGAUGCCAGACGUUGCCUCAUACAUCGUAGGGCCUCCAUCGACACCACAGCCGAAACAGCAGCGCAUGCAUCACAACAUCCCCCACCGGUUUGUCACCGGCCUCAACACCCGAGCCACUAAAUGUGCUGUGUGCCUGGGCAGCGUCCACUUCGUCAAACAGGCCGCAAAAUGUCAAGAAUGUCAUAUCGUGUGCCACCCCCGAUGUGUGACGUCAGUCCCUGCGUCAUGCGGCCUGCCCACAGAGUAUGUGAGUCACUACACGGGAAUGAUGGCGAGAGUCAACACCGACCAGCCUCUGUACUAUGGGGAGGAGGAGGAGGAGAAAGACCUGAGCAACGCUAUACGCAUGGAGGGAUGGCUGAAAUUGCCGCGAACUGGCAAGUCAAGUUGGGAGAAGCGCUAUGUGACACUGGAUGGCACCUGGCUGAUGGUGUACAAUCAACAGAAUGAUGGCAACCCUAUAGACACCCUGGAGCUGAACCCUGGCGACGCCGAAGUCAGCGUCCACAGCGCUGUCACGUCGGCAGAACUGUCCAACACCGCCUCUAGUGACCUCGCCUAUGUCCUCCGGAUAGAUCAAGAUCCAAUCACUACCUGCUGGCCAGGGAGAGUGAUGUACCUGAUGGCGUUGACUUUUGCGGAGAAGCAGAAGUGGGUGGCGUCUCUUGAAGCAGCUGUCAAGUGUGCCACGAAGGGCGAGGCUUUCAGGAAGAGUAGAAUCCAGAUGAACACGGUUGUGACAUUUUCUGAAAGGAAGGAAGUCAACAGUACCCUUGUUCUCUCCAAGCAGCUGGUCCUGCUGGGAGCGGAGGAGGGACUGUUUGCCAUGAACCCCCAGAGUCCCAUGACCAGUGACAAGAUCCUCAUUCCCCUCACGGGGAUCUCCAACAUUCACCAGAUGACCCUCGCCGCCGGCCUCGGCAUGAUCAUCAUGAUCGUAGGUACUGAUCGCCGGCUUCUAAUGGUGGAGAAGAAGUUGAUCAAGCUGCGGCUGACUCAGUGUAACGGUGGGGAGACGGCCCCCCUCCCCUACAAGCAGAUCGAUGGGGUGCAGGGGUGCACGGUGUUUGAUGUGGGCAUGUGGCAGGACAGCACCUACCUCUGUGUGGGCAUGACAGACAGGGUCCUGCUCAUGAAGUACAACCCCAGUCUCGCCAUGUUCUGCACCAGGAAGGAGUUUGAUUCAUAUGAGCCCUGCAGCUGUGUGUGUAUAGCUGAGAGUUACGCUCUGGUCGGGACAGAGAAGUUCUACAGAAUCAGCCUGGACCACCCGUCCAUGAUAGACUUUGUAGACCGACAAGACAGUUCGCUGGCAUUUGCUGCAUUUGGAGCUGCCAACCACCACAGCUACCCCCUCGCUGUUGUGCAAGUCUCCCCCGCAGGACUACCUCAUGAGUUCCUCUUGUGUUUCCAUGAGUUUGGUGUUUUUGUGGACGGCAAGGGCAGAAGAAGCAGACCUCUGGAUGUGAAAUGGAGUGGACUACCGCUUACAUUUGUGUACCGGGAGCCGUUCCUCUACAUCACAUACUUCAACUGUAUCCAGGCAACCGUUGUCCCUGCAAGCAAACAGGAAGUCAAAGGCCGUAAGACCAUCAUUGACCUGCAGUCUCCGCGGUACUUGGGGCCGGCAGUGACAGCGGGAUCUGUGUACAUCAUGGCUUGCAACAACAACGCCAUCGAGCUGAUGUGUCUCCGCGGACUGGAGGAGCAUGACAUCACAGAUGACAAGGAGAACAGGAGAGCAGACAGUUUACGGUCUUCUGACAAGAUACAGGUCAGGUUUGUGAGUCCCCAGAAGGAAUCCAGACGAAGACUCUCUCUCACAUCAUUUGACAGCAAUACAAGUGAAUCCAGCAGCAGUUAGCUCCCUUGACUCAUUUUAUGGGCAUAGAAAACAAGGCCAGAAAAAUGAUCGAGGUGCAGAUUCUUAUGGAGUUAAUCAGAACUGUGCAUUGUGUUCCUUAAUCUCACCUGGUAGCAAUACAUGGGGCAAUGUCUGUAUUCAGUGCCUAUGUAUGCUGUCAUAACACUUCCUAGUAUGUCUAGGAAACAUGGAAGCAAACUUUCAAAUGCCACAGAAUAAGGAGGAUAUUUAACAUAUCAGCUGGAGUAGUAGUGCUUUGAGAUACACAUGAACAUUUGUUUAAAAUCCUUUAGCAGGGAUGACAGUGGGUUUUUUUUUCUCCCUUGAAGUUAGCCAGGGGACUAGAUGAUUUAUGUAUAUGUUGUAAUAGCAAUCUAUCACAAAAGUUACCCAUGACGCAACAAGAUCUGUGGAUAAGUUUCAUUGCUACAGAAGGUACUCAUCACUGAUAUAAUUUGUUUGGUACCAAAUCUUCCAAUUCACUGCCAACAGUGAGUAUAUGCUUUACCAUUCCGUAGCAUGAGUAUACCCACAUGAAAGCUUAUGUAAUAAUUAAUGCAGAAAAUGUUUGUAAAGAUGAAGAAAUGUUAACAUAAAGACGUAUCUAAUGUUAUGGGUGAAGUGAUAUGAUGAGAUUGGGUAAACGCCAUUUCAUUGUGAAUUCCUCUAAAUGUAAGGUUGUAUGACUUUUUGUCUCAGCUUGCUGAUAACUUGAUAUAUUUUCAAAGGUCCCACUACUCCAAAUGACACAAGUUGUUUGCAUCAAAUAUUAUUGGUGACAAUUCGGAGUACAUAUACAGGUGGAGCUGUAUCAUGCUAAAAAAGAAAUUAACACCAACUUGGUGAGAAAGCUGAUCAGAAUCACAGGUAUUCUUAGGAUAAUGACUGGAUUGUGCAAUAGGUCAUCUAAACUAAAUGAACACAGGGUUGUGUGAAGGAUUUAACAGGCGUAGCCUCCAUAUUACUGGUGCUACAUAUAUCACUUUAGAAUGUGUGGAAUAUCUUUGCAUCAUGUUUUGUGCAGCUUAGUUUUAGGAGAAAAUCUGAAAAUACGAAGAUACCUCUAUUGCCUGCUUGUGGUGUAAAAAUGUCAUUUACCACACUUUCACCCUCAUCUUUUCUAUCCUCUGAAACAUACUUGUUGAUAUUUAUAUCAUGUACAUGCUUUCUGUAUCAAUACUGUUGUGAAUAUGAAUCCAAUUAAAUCAAUGAUAACACA